UUUGCCUUGCCCACCGUUUCCGUUUCCAUGAGGGCCAUGCCUCAUGGCACCAGGCCAAGAAGCUCAGAGGCCCCAGGCCCUGCCAGCCUGCCUGCCUUGCCAGGCAGCGAGCUCCCUGCCCGCAUCUGCAACAUCUACCAGCCCUGGUUCUCACCCUAUAGCUAUUUCAUGAGCACCAAAGGAGCCACCCAGCAGCACCUGGGCAGCCUUUCCUCAAGCCAGGCCACCAGCACACAGGAGCACCAGGAGGAGUCUGAUGACCUCUCAGAGAUUGUCUGCUUCUCCUUUGGCUCCUCGGAUGAGCCCCAGCCCCCCAGGUGGGACAGACUGACCACCAGCAGAGCCAGCAUCACGGUUCAGGACAUCACCGUUUCCGACUGGCAGCCAGAGCCGCAGCACGGCUACAAGUGCCUGUCAUGCUGCCACAUCUUCCCCACGCUGUGGUCCACCAAAACCCACAUCCAGCACAGCUCCCAGGAGGGCUACAGCUGCAAGGUGUACUACUGCAGGCUUAAGGCCCUGUGGGAGAAGGGCAAGGCACAGGAGGCUGCAGCCCCUCGGGUGCCUAUGCAGCCCCACCAGCCAGGCAGCCGCCACGGGAGGGCACUGCUUCAUCGCUCCUGACAGCGACAGAAUAAAUUGAUUUAGGAGCAGACAGCCCUGUCUGCCUGCUGCUCUUGCCUACACAACACUUCUGCCAUCCUUUAGGAGCGGCUCUUCUCGACUUUUCCUUCCCCAGCAGUCAAAAAUCUCCCGAGCCCCUGAAAGUGCUGCUCAGCGUCUCUACAUCUCCAUGGGGAGCUCUGCAGAUGUCAGGAAGCCACCAGCACCCUUGAGCUGUUGGAUCAGCCCUGAGACAAGCUGGUGCUGUGCAGUGGCUGAAGGGGAAGGCUGAAACCCCCCUACUGCCAGCAAUGUUCAGGGCACCUCGCUAUCACGGGCAGCCUGCAGCUGGCACCACAAGCAAGGGUCUCACAGGGGAGGAUGCUUAGG